CAAGAUAAAAAGGGAUAUUAUGAAUAGUAAAUAUUUAUACACAAAAAGGAUAAUAAUUUAAAUACGGAAAAAGGAAUAAAAAUGUGGAUUGGUUUUCCAAACAUGACACAGGGUGUAUAUUAGAAAUUUGUUGGGAGGGUGAAAAGCGGCGCCGACCGCACCCCGGCGUCGCGACGUCAGUCGCCGUCCAAACGUGGCUCAACAAGUAUCUCUUCCUUUAACAUUCUUAUUUUUCGGUGUGUAUUGGUUUUAAAUAUUAUAUUAUAUUUUUAAUAUAAUUUUUUUGUUUAUAUUUAUUUAUUUAAUAACUAUUAUUGUUGAUUAUUUUUGAAUCUAUUGAAUUAAAAUCAAUAUUUAUUAAUAAUAAUAACAACCAUCUGACUAAAACCAAUUAUUCUGUCGCGACAAUUAACCGAUAGACAUAAUUAAAGGAUUAUAAUAGACAAGUUUAUUGAAUAUGCGAUCAGAAAUGACAAAUGAAGACAGUUUUAAUAAAAAUUGGAUAUUAGAAAAUAAAGGACAUUCUAGUAAUAAAAAUGUAUCGGCACUACGUAAGACAUCGAGAAGAAUUGAAAGACUAAAUAAUAAUAAUAAUAAUAAUAAUAAUAAUUUAACAAGUACCAAGUCAUCAUCUCGAGGGUGUACACCUAGGGAGAGAACUCUCAGGAGAUUGGAAAGUAAUGAGAGAGAACGGAUGAGGAUGCACAGUCUUAACAACGCGUUUCAGAGUUUGAGAGAGGUGAUACCUCAUGUCAGUAAAGAACGUCGUCUAUCUAAAAUAGAAACAUUGACACUUGCUAAAAAUUAUAUUGUUGCACUCACAGACGUUAUUUGUGCAAUGAGAAAUGAUGAACAAUCAACAAAUAUUCAGACCACUCCAAUAACUGAUGGAGAAACAUCAGAUCAUAUUAAUGAUUGUCUUAAUAUGAAUACUCCUAUAUCAUCAAGAUCUUCUAGUCCAGAAAUUCAAACAUUUUCCAACCCUUCUCAAAUUAAUUCACUGUGGAAAGAUAAUUAAA